AUGAUGAAGGAAUUGCUGGUGCUUGCCCUUGUGGCAAGUGUAGCCACAGCAAUGAAAAUGCCCGCUGUUCUUCAGAGUGAAGAGCACCCACUGCAAGGCUUUAGCUGCGGUGCUGAUUCCACCCUGGGUGAAUGCCUGGGUGAUCUGAAUAUGGCGCUGACUAAUCUACGACUGUUUGUCAUCGACCAUCACCGCCGGAGCGAUACAAACGUUUCAAAUAUUCUCAAAGGUCUGCCGCGUCCACUCAAAUGCAUCCUCAAGCAGCAUGCCCAUAAGCAUGAGAGAGCGGUGAAUGGCAAGGGUGAUAGAAGGCACAAUGAAGAGGAAUCCAGUGGUGAUACUGCUGAAUCCCAAGGAGCACAGACACCCAACAGUGGGCCACAACGCAAUGGCAGACCCGGCGGACGGCGUGGGGAGCGCCCAACAGGUGAGACAGAGGACCGUCAGGGAGAUCGUCGUGGAGGUGGUAGUGAUUCUACAGCAGAGGGUGAGAAUUCCACGCGAGAAUCAGGCGAAGGUCAUCGCCGUGGAGGGCCUCGCAUUGGACGCCCUACAGAUGAGCCGGGAGAGAUUAGCCGUGGUGAACCUCGUCAAGCGGGACCUACCCAGGAAACAGGUGGCGAGACGAACGCCGAUGAAGGUGCAGGCAACGAGAAUCAAGGCCCGGGUAGUCGUCGCGGUGCACCCCGUGGCCGAGAGCACCUUACAGGAGAUUUCGACAUGGCAAUAGAUGGCCCACGCCGUCGCCCCAGUACUACAGAGGAUCCUGCCGAGGAGAGCAGCGUGGAGGAGGGAUCUGUCACUGAGGAGCAGAGACGCCGUGGUAGUCCUCAGCGAGCACGACCUACCGAGGAGUCCGUUGAUGAGAUUACCAGCGAGGAAGGUGCAGACAACGAGAAUCAGGCCCGUGGUGGUCGUCGAGGUGUUCCCCGCCGCGGCGAGCGCCCUACAAAAGAGUCAGACAUGGCUGGAGAUGGUCCACGCUGUCGCCAGAGACCAACACAGGAUACUUCUGAGGAAAGCAGCAUCGAAGGGGGCUCCGUCACGGAAGAGCAGAGACGUGGUGGACGAAACAGGCCAGGUCAUCGUGAGCAACACACUGCCGAGACUCGGGGAGAAGGCCUUCGGGAGCGUCCUACAAGAGAAUCCGACAAGGCUAGAAACGGUGCUCGCCGUCGCCCAAGGCCUAUAGAGGAUCCCGCCGAGGACAGCAGCGUGGAGGAGGGCUCCGUCACUGAAGUGCAGAGACGUGGUGGACGAAGCAGACCAGGCCGCCGUGAACGACCCAGCGGCGAGACUGAGCUGGAUGGCGGACGUCGCGGACGUCGUGGUGGUCGCCGUGGUCCUCGCCGUGAACGUCCAACGGGCGAGGCUGGGUCUAGUGAAGAAGGUGGAAGACGUCGUGGACCACAAUUUGGUUUCACAAGAACCGGAACAACUUCUGCAGAGGAGCCCACUAAUGCUGACAUCGCAGAGGGCGCCGACAGUAACCCAGAGGACAACGGACCACAACCUGCAUUUCUGAAAUGGCUUUUUGGUGGAAAGUAA